UUGUUUGAAUUUAGAUGGACCGAUCGUGGUACCUACAAACGACAUGCAAUCACUAACAAAGAUGAUCAUCGUUAUCGUGAACAACUCGACAAGGCCGAUUAUCUCGUUGAAAAGCAUAAAUAUCGAGAAGCGUUCGAGAUCUUCGAGGAAAUCUUAAAUCGCAAUCCGGACAGUCCAAGAGCACAUUUUGGUCGCGCAAGAGCGUUUGAUAUUCGAGGAGAGAUGGAAUCAAAUAAGUUUUACUUAGAUCUCGCGAUUAAUGAAUACCAAGAAGUUUUGGAUAUCGACGAUACCCCCGAUGCUUUAUUUCGGCAAGCAGCUUAUCGCUUAAUCGACAGGGCACGAUUCCGCAAUUCACUUCAUAAGGCACUUCAAGCGCAACGAUCAUUAAUCGACCGCUAUCCGGAUGAUUUGCAAUUGCAAAAUGAUUUUGCACUUACAUUUUUGAUGAUGAACAGAAACGAGGAUGCAUUAAAAGUCUUUCAAAAUGUUCUGAAAAUUCAACCAAAUAAUGCUGUAGCGCAAGCAUAUUACGGUUAUAUUAUUAAACUCAACGGUGAUUUAGAAAAUGGGGUGCUGCAUAUGCGAAAAGGAUUAAAGGCAGCCCGACACCUUAUCGCCGAUCCUAAAUUUUAUUAUCACUUUGGUGAUGCUCUUACAAAACUUGGAAGAAAAAAGGACGCAUUUGAAGUAUAUAGCAUUGGAGCAAAAGUUGGUUUAUUCCUCUCCCCUUAUCAAAGAUCUCUUUAUAACUAUGACGGCUUAACUGCCAGGCCAUGGUGGUCAAUUGAUCAAACUACUUAUGCUAAAUAUUUGAAGCAUAUCGAAAGACAAUGGACAAUUAUACGCGAAGAGGCAGUUCGGCUAUUAGAAUCGAAUCCAGAAUCAUUCAUUGCUGAGAAUAAGGAAUUAACUAUCGGAGGAACGUGGUCGGCUUAUUAUAUUUAUCGUGUCGGAUCUUGGGAACGAGAAAAUUGCCUGAAAAUUCCAAAAACAUGUGAAUUAGUGCGUCGUUUCAAAGAAGAGUCAAAUGCUACAAAAAAUGAGAUGAAAAUUUCGUUGUUAACAAGUGGAACUCGAGUUUGGCCAUACUGUGGUUAUUCUAAUAGCCGACUUCGCGCUCAACUAGGACUAGUUGUACCUUCAGAUGCCCGUAUACGUGUUGCUGAUGAAACACGAGGUUGGAAAACGGGAAAAUUCAUUGUAUUCGACGAUUCUUUUGAGCAUGAACUAUGGUUUGUCGGUGCUUCACAGAAAAAGUAUCGCCUUAUAUUGGAAAUAGAUCUUUGGCAUCCUGAGAUAGAACCAUCUCGAAGGAUUACUUUAGAUGGCUUUUGA